AAGUACAGACGUAGAAAUAGACGUAAAUCUUAAAAUACUUGCUAGUUGGAGGCCCAGAAGAUGAAACUGUUGCUGAUUUGCAUGCUCAGCGUGUUUUGCUUAGCACGCGCAGAACAAAAUCCAAGCUCAAGGCUUGUCUGCUACUAUGACUCGGCGGCGUAUUUGCGUCAAGGAUUUGCCAAGCUGCCGACCAACUACUUGGAGUUCGCCCUGCAGUUCUGCACGCACUUGGUUUACGGCUAUGCGGGCAUCAAGCCGGACACCUUCGAGAUGUACAGCUUGAAUGUGGACUUGGACAUGUUCCACUUCAAGGAUAUUACCCUGCUGCGCAGCAAAUUUCCCCACUUGAAGAUACUCCUAAGUGUCGGCGGAGAUCGAGACCUGGAUGGGACGACGUUGGAGCGCAAUACCUACCUGCAGCUCCUGGAGGCGAAUCGCACGGCACAGCAGAACUUCAUAGACAGCAGCAUGAUCAUGCUGCGUCGCAAUGCCUUCGAUGGACUCGACCUGGCCUUUCAGCUGCCAAAGAAUAAGCCCAGAAAGGUGCACGGCACCAUUGGCACCUACUGGAAGCAGUUCAAGAAGCUGUUCACGGGCAACUUUAUAGUGGAUCCCGUUGCGGAGCAGCACAAGCAACAGCUUACAGAGCUGGUGACGAAUAUUAGACACGCCUAUCAAAGCGCCAAUCUGCUGCUCAGCAUGACGGUCUUGCCCAAUGUGAACUCAACGUGGUACUUUGAUGUGCCCAAGCUGCAGGCCGAGCUGGACUGGAUCAAUCUGGCCACCUUUGAUUUCCUAACCCCACUGCGCAAUCCCCAGGAGGCAGACUACACAGCACCCAUAUUCUUCCUAGACGAACAAAAUCGCCUGCCACAUCUCAAUGUGGAAUAUCAGUUGAACUAUUGGCUGCAAAACAACUGCCCCUCCCACAAGAUAAACCUGGGCAUUGCCAGCUAUGGACGUGCCUGGCAAUUGACAAAGGACUCGGGUCUAAGUGGUGCGCCUGUUGUGGCCGCCACAGUGGGCGCCGCUCCUGGCGGACUGCAGGUGAACAGCACUGAGGGUUUGCUGAGCUGGCCAGAAAUCUGCUCCAAGCUGGCGAAGAAUCAAACUGCUGUCUAUCGUGGCGAGGCUGCUCCGCUUCGCAAGGUCACGGAUCUCACACAAAAGUAUGGCAACUAUGCGCUACGUCCCGCCGACGAAGAGGACCGGCAUGGUGUGUGGGUGAGCUACGACGAUCCGGACUUUGCGGGCAUCAAGGCUACCUAUGCCAGGAGCAGGCAGUUGGGAGGUGUAGCUAUUUUCGAUUUGAGCUACGACGAUUUCCGUGGCCUCUGCACUGGUGAAAAGUUUCCCCUAGUGCGUUCUGUGAAGUACUUUCUUCCAGAGCUUGACAGCAACAUGAAGCUGCUGCUUUUGUUCUCAUUUAUCGCGUGUCUACUGGUGGCCGCCACCAACGCCGCCUCCAACCUGGUCUGCUACUAUGACUCAUCCAGUUAUACGCGAGAAGGCCUGGGCAAGAUGCUGACGCCGGAUUUGGAGAUCGCCUUGCAAUUCUGCUCUCACUUGGUGUACGGCUAUGCGGGCAUACGCGGUGACAAUUAUCAGGCGCACAGCUUGAACGAGAAUCUGGAUGUAUACAAGCAUCAGUAUGCUGAGGUGACCGCACUCAAACGCAAGUAUCCGCAUCUCAAAGUGCUGCUGAGCGUGGGCGGCGAUCAUGACAUCGAUGUGGAUCACCCCAACAAGUACAUCGAGCUGCUCGAGGGCGACAAAGUGAAGCAGACGGGCUUCGUGCAGUCUGUCUACUCUCUGGUGAAGAACUACGGCUUCGAUGGUCUCGAUCUAGCCUAUCAGUUUCCACGCAACAAGCCGAGGAAGGUGCACGGUGAGCUCGGCACCGCCUGGAAGAGUCUUAAAAAGAUCUUCACCGGCGAUUUCGUAGUGGACCCGCAAGCGGCGCUGCACAAGGAACAAUUUACCGCCUUCGUUCGCUACGUUAAGGACUCGCUACGCGCCGAUGGUUUCCUGCUCAGCUUGACAGUCCUGCCCAAUGUGAACUCCACUUGGUACUUUGACAUUCCCUCCUUGAAUGGUCUGGUGGAUUUUGUCAAUCUGGGCACCUUUGACUUCCUCACACCCGCACGCAAUCCGGAGGAAGCUGACUUCACCGCUCCGCUCUACGAGCCCGAGUCCCAAAACCGUCAGCCACAUCUUAAUGCCGAGUUUCAGGUCAACUAUUGGUUGCAGCAGGGCUUCCCCGCUAGCAAGCUUAAUCUGGGUGUUGCUAGCUAUGGAAAUGCCUGGAAGCUCACAGCCGAAACGGGUCCAGAUGGCACGCCUGUCGUCCGUCACACGGUCGGCGCUGGGCCCGAGGGUCUGCAGUCGCAAAAGCCCGGACUACUGAGCUAUCCGGAAGUCUGCUCUAAGCUGGAAAAUCCUCAGAAUCAAUACCUCAAGGGCAACGAUUCACCUUUGAGGCGUGUGACUGACCCUACCAAGCGGUAUGGCAACUAUGCUUACCGCCCUGUAGAGGGCGCUGUAACGGAGGGCAUUUGGAUAAGCUACGAUGAUCCCGAGUCAGCCUCCAACAAGGCGUCCUAUGUGCGCAGCAAGAAUCUGGGCGGUGUGGCCUUGUUCGACUUGUCCUACGACGACUUCAGAGGACUCUGCAAUGGCGACAAGUAUCCCCUACUGCGUGCCAUCAAAUAUCGUUUACACUUGCUUGCUCUCGCUCUCGGUCUCCAAAUCUCCAACACAAAAGUCUCCAUGCGCUCGCUGUGGCUCGGCUUGGCGAUGAGCUUGCUGCUCAGCCCGCUUAUCAAUGCUGCUCCUAAUUUGGUUUGCUACUACGACUCCCGCGGCUUUGAGCGUCAAGGCCUCGGUCAGUUCUCGCUGACCGAUAUGGAGCUGGCACUGCAGUUCUGCACGCAUGUGAUCUAUGGCUAUGCGGGCAUUCAUGCCGAGACCUAUGAGCUGCAGAGCUUGAACCAACCUUUGGACUUCGAGCGUCGACACUUUUCGCAGGUGACUGCGCUCAAGGAGAAGUAUCCUUAUGUGAAGUUUCUUUUGAGCGUGGGAGGCGAUCGUGAUGUGGUGCAUGAUGAGAAGUAUAUAAAUCUCUUGGAGGCAGGUGCUCAGAGUCAGCGGCGCUUUAUUGAAUCGGCGCGCGAUGUGGUGCGUCGCUUCAACUUUGAUGGUCUGGACUUGGCUUUCCAGCUGCCACGCAAUAAGCCACGCAAGGUGCAUUCGGAUGUGGGCAUGGCCUGGAAGAGUUUCAAGAAGCUCUUCACUGGCGACUUCGUUGUGGACACCAAUUCCGAGCAACACAAGACUCAAAUGACGGAACUGGUCAGAGACUUGAGCUCUGCGUUCAAGGCCAAUGAUUUGCUUGUAAGCCUGACCGUGCUCCCCAAUGUUAACUCCAGCUGGUACUUUGAUGCGCCCGCCAUUGCCUCAAAGGUGGACUUUAUUAAUCUGGGCACCUUCGACUUCCUUACGCCCGCUCGCAAUCCCGAGGAAGCCGACUUUACAUCGCCGCUCUACGAGGCCUAUGGCAACCGCCUGGCCCACUACAAUGUUAACUUCCAGAUGGAGCAUUGGCUACUCCAACGCGUGCCCGCCAGCAAGCUGAACAUUGGCAUUGGCAGCUUUGGACGUGCCUGGAAGCUAACCUCAGAUUCUGGCACCACUGGCGAGCCCAUCGUGCAAGCCACCAAUGGCCCUGCGCCUGCUGGAGCGCAGUCCAAGACAGAUGGUCUCUUGAACUGGGCUGAGGUCUGCCAACUGCUCCCGAAUCCCAGCAACAUGCACAACAAAGGCGCACUUGCGCCCCUGAAGCGUGUGGCCGAUCCCAAUCGUCGCUUUGGCAGCUAUGCCUACCGCGCGGCUGAUGAGAACGGCGAGUUUGGCAUGUGGGUGAGCUAUGAGGAUCCGGAGACUGCUUCUAGCAAGGCGCAGUAUGUGCGUGCCAAGAAUCUGGGCGGUGUGGCGCUCUUCGAUCUGACGCUCGAUGAUUUCCGUGGUCAGUGCACUGGCGAUCGCUUCCCCAUGCUGCGCGCCAUCAAGUAUCGUCUACUCUAA